UCCUAAUUCAAGAAAACCAAAAAACAUGGCGGCGAAAAGCCAGGAGGGAUCAAAGAAAAAUAUAUUUCAAUUUCAAGAUUUGAAGACCGUUCCUGACGAGAUCAAAGAUUAUUCGCCCUCAUUACAAAAUGAACUUACUCCAAUCCUUAUUGAUAAUGGAAGUUUUCAAUGCCGUGCAGGUUGGAUGAGUGAUGAGAGACCUUCAUUAGUAUUCAGGAAUGCAGUUGCAAAAUCACGAGGAAAAAAAGAUGGCGAGAUGGAAAUUCUCAUUGGCAAUGAUAUUUCAAAUAUUGAACUUGUUAGGUGGUCUUUAAAAAGUCAAUUCGAUCAUGAUGUUGUUACACACUAUGAUGCACAAGAACAAAUAUUUGACCAUAUUUUCAGUCGUCUAGGAAUCAAUACACAAGGGAGUGUUGAACAUCCUGUGGUUCUUACAGAAUGUGUCUGUAAUCCAAACUAUUCACGGCAAUCAAUGAAUGAACUUUUAUUUGAAUGCUAUCAUGUUCCUCAAGCAGCAUUUGGAAUAGACAGUUUAUAUAGUUUAUAUUACAACCAACCAAUGCCAGAGAACAACAAUGCAUUAGUGAUAUCUUCUGGGUAUCAAGUUUCCCACAUUCUACCAGUUGUUAAUGGAAAAUUUGAUCCAAGAAGUUGCAAAAGGAUAAAUAUAGGUGGGAAUCACUGUGUAGGAUAUAUGCAAAGGUUAUUACAACUCAAAUAUCCAAGUCAUGCAGCACAAAUUACUCUAUCAAGAGCUCAGGAAAUCGUUCAUGACCAUUCCUACAUAGCAACAGACUACCAUGAAGAGUUGGCUUACUGGUUAAAUGAGGAAUAUUCCAGUGAAAAAGAAUGUGUUAUGCAACUGCCAUAUUCACAACCAGCUGGGGGACAAAAUGUUGGAGUGAAAGAUGAGGAGAAAGAACGACUACGAAGAGAAAAACAAGGACGAAGACUUCAAGAAAUUAAUUGCAAAAAAUUGCAAGAAAAGUUAUUAGAAGAGGAAGCUAGACUUAAAAAGUUGUUGAAGAUUAGAAAACUGGAAAGCAACGAAAAUAAAUUGAAGGCUGCUUUGGCAAAAGAAGGAUUCCAAACUAUAGAGGAAUUUCAUCUUGCAAUUGAGAAUUUAACAAUGGUCACAAAAAAACGAAGUGAAAAAUUGAAGAAACUACAAGCAUCAAUUCAAACAGCAAAGAAGCAAGAAAAUUCAUCGGUUGAAGAAAAGCCAGUUGAUGUGACAGAGAAGAAACAGAAAGACACUUCUCCUGAAGUAAAAGAAUGGUUGGAGGGAUUACGCACUCGCCGCCAGAAAAUUUUAGACACACGUCAACAGCGGCAGCAACGCAAAGAGGAAUUAAGCAACAGGCGGAGUGCAGCGUCCAUUGAACGGAUGAGAAUGAUUUCGAAGCUGGCUCAUGAUCCAAACAUUCGGGACGAUGGCUCAUUACGAGGCGGUCAUAAAAGACCAAAAGAUGACACAUUUGGUAUGAACGACGAAGACUGGAUGGUCUAUAGACAUAUUAGUAAGGAUGCUGGUGAUUCAGACAGCGAGAAGGAACAGGAAGAAUUAGGAGAAAUUGAAAAUGUUUUGAAAAAACAUGAUCCAAAUUUUCUAGCAGACGAAGAUAAAUCACAUGUGUUAGAUCUUGAGAGCUACUAUCAACUGACCGUUGGAAUUGAGCGGGUGCGAGUUCCUGAAGUGGUAUUUCAACCAUCAAUGUUGGGUGUGGAGCAAGCUGGCUUGGCUGAAAUUAUCGAGUUUAUAUUGAAAAAAUAUCCACCCGAUAUUCAAAAUAAUUUAGUCCAGAAUGUAUUUGUAACUGGAGGAAAUGCUCAGUAUCCUAACUUUUGUUCAAGAUUGGAAAGAGAAUUGCUUGCGGUGCGACCUUUUCAGUCAACGUUUAAAGUGCAUAGAGCAAGUAAUUUUAGUCUUGAUGCUUGGUUUGGUAUGAGGAGGUGGGCAAGAUCUGUCCAAAAUCUGACGACUGUUUCAAUCACGAGACAAGAUUACGAAGAAAAAGGAGGAGAAUAUCUUAAAGAACACGAACUUUCAAAUCAAUACAUUCCUACGCCUAUCAACUUAUGACAACAAACUUAGCUUCACGAAUCCAA